AUGGCUCCGAUCACCACCAGCAGGGAAGAAUUUGAUGAAAUUCCCACAGUGGUGGGGAUCUUCAGUGCCUUUGGCCUCGUCUUCACAGUUUCUCUCUUUGCCUGGAUCUGCUGUCAGAGAAAAUCAUCCAAGUCCAACAAGACCCCUCCAUACAAGUUUGUACAUGUGCUUAAAGGAGUUGAUAUUUAUCCUGAAAACCUAAAUAGUAAAAAGAAGUUUGGAGGAGAUGAAAAGAAUGAAGUCAAGAAUAAGCCAGCUGUGCCAAAGAAUUCACUGCAUCUUGAUCUUGAGAAGAGAGAUCUCAAUGGCAAUUUCCCCAAAACGAAUGUCAAAGCUUGCAGCCCUCCUGAUCUGGAUAGUGUAACCCACAAGGUCUUUCCAGAAGGAGAAAAAGAGGCAGUGUCCCCUGAUAGCCUAAAAUCCAGCACUUCCCUUAGUUCAGAAGAGAAACAAGAGAAGCUGGGAACCCUCUUUUUCUCCUUAGAGUACAACUUUGAGAAGAAAGCCUUUGUGGUGAACAUCAAAGAAGCUCGUGGCUUGCCAGCCAUGGAUGAACAAUCCAUGACCUCUGACCCCUACAUCAAAAUGACGAUCCUCCCAGAGAAGAAGCACAAAGUGAAAACCAGAGUGCUGAGAAAGACCUUGGACCCAGCUUUUGAUGAGACCUUCACAUUCUAUGGGAUCCCCUACACUCAGAUCCAAGAGCUGGCUCUGCACUUUACCAUCUUGAGUUUUGACAGGUUUUCCAGAGAUGAUAUCAUUGGAGAAGUCCUUAUGCCUCUUACAGGAAUUGAAUUGUCUGAUGGAAAAAUGCUAAUGACCAGAGAGAUCAUCAAGAGAAAUGUUAGGAAGUCCUCUGGCCGGGGCGAGUUACUGAUCUCUCUCUGCUAUCAGUCCACCACAAAUACUCUCACUGUGGUUGUCUUAAAGGCUCGACACCUGCCUAAAUCUGAUGUGUCUGGACUUUCAGAUCCCUAUGUAAAAGUGAAUCUGUACCAUGCCAAAAAGAGAAUCUCCAAAAAGAAGACGCACGUGAAGAAAUGUACCCCCAAUGCGGUGUUUAACGAACUGUUUGUGUUCGAUAUUCCUUGUGAGAGUCUUGAAGAAAUAAGUGUGGAAUUUCUAGUUUUGGAUUCAGAGAGAGGGUCCCGAAAUGAAGUGAUUGGGCGGUUGGUCCUGGGUGCAGCAGCCGAAGGAACGGGCGGGGAACACUGGAAGGAAAUCUCUGACUUCCCCCGGAGACAGAUUGCCAAGUGGCACAUACUUUGUGAUGGUUAG